GGAGAAGCUUCCGAUCGCCCAGUUGGGUUUAUAAAAUGGGUCGCCACUUGGCUCAGAUCAGCAGUUUGGUUCACAUCUCCAAGCGUUCAGCAUGAAGUCGGUUAUUAUUCUCUUAGCUCUGGUGGCUUUCUGCCACGCAGCACCUUUGGAUGUCAAGGAGUCUACCUCUGGGGAGCUCUCCAGGCCCAGUCCCAUCAGUCCCGAUGUGCUCGUUGAUCCCAAGCCCACCGCCAAGGUAGUCUUGCUGAAGGAUGCUCCCGUCCUGAAUCGCCAGAGGCGUAAUGAACCCAAGAAACCCGACAGCGUGAAGGCCCACGAACAGCUGCAUCACUCGCAGCCGGCCGUUCCUGAACAUCAUGAGCAAAAGCCUUCUCCGGCUGGGCCACAUGACCACAAGCACAAGAGGGAAGCUCACCACGAGGAGGGUCACCAUGGUGACGAUGCGGUGCCCCAGAAGGAGGAAGUGAAGCAAGCUCCCGAGGCCCAUGAAGCCAAGAAGGAAAAGCGAGAGGCUGACCACGAGGAGGGCCAUCAUGGUGACGAUGCAGCUCCCCAUAAGGAGGAAGUGAAGCAGGCUCCCGAAGCACAUGAAGACAAGAAGGAAAAGAGGGAAGUUCACCACGAGGAGGGCCACAAGGAUGAGGCGGGUGAUCGUCCUCAGGUGGAGGAUCUUUCGCUGCCCCAUGCCCUGCCCGCUGUGGCUCACACCGCCGAGCUGCCCAAGAAGCAGGAAAAGCGCGAGACUGUGGAGAAACCCGACAGCGUGAAGGCCCGUGAGUCGCUCCAGCACAAUCCCCAGCGAUCCGAGGAGCUCCACAAGGCCAUCGAGUCUCUGGUCGGCGGAAAGGCGCCGGAACAGCGUCACCAGCGCGAUAUUCCCGUGCCCACGCAAACCAAAGCCACCACCACCGAUCUCCCAUCCACCACCAAGUCGGAGCUGGGAAGCACCACUCCGUCCAUCCUCAAUCUCCACAUUCCCCAUCCCAUUCCCGUGGCCGAGCUCUUCGAGAAGAACAAGCACGCGGAUAAGUCCACUUCCAGUUCCGAGGAAAGCAAGGAGAAAGCUAAGGCCUAGGCUUCCCAUGCCAAAAGUCGCUAAUGGGACCAUCACGAGAUUUGUAGUCAGCGAAACGAACUUAAAUAAACACAAAUAUUUACAUGCUUAUAUAAAAA